AUGGACGGACUCAACCCACCGCUACCUCCAGAUCUCGCAAGAGUUAUGGCAACCAUUAAAAAGCGUAUAACGGAUCUCAACAAACGUAUCAAAAAAUUUUCGGGAAGUUUGAGUUUGACUGAGUCUACGGGUGCUGUGAAAGGCCAGGAGAAGGUGUGUUUCCACAAACCCUCUGACUAUGUUGUGUGCACUUCCCUCUUGAGUCAAGUGGUGGUCAAUCAUACCUGUCCUCCAUCUAAACAAAUCGAUAGGGAAAUGAAGCGGAAGCUCGAGGCGACAGCACUCGUGGACAAGAUUAAGAUGGAUUACAAACACGCUUAUGAACUGCCCGUCGAUAGUACUAUUAAUCAGGUAAUCGAAGACACAAUUUGUCGCCUAAAUCACGUCAAGGAUUUGCUCGAAGCAGUGGGCAACCAAGGAAUACCAAUCGAAGACAUCUCCCUUACGGGCCAUACGGACAGCUCAGACGACAGUUCCAGCGGUAGUUCCACUCCCACUUCAUCCAGCAGUGUAUUUACAGCAAUGUUGGACGCGCCCGACGCCGAACAACACGUCUUGAUGCCGGACGAGGCGCCGCACGGAGACAACUCGCUUACGGGCCAUACAGACAGUUUAGCCGGCAGUUCCAGCUAUGCCUAUACGUCGCCCACCAGUGAGUCUUCAAAACCGUCAAACAUGUCGACUCGUGAGAACAGUGAGAGUGAGAGCGAAGACGAAGACGAGCGCAAGAAGAAGAUGAAGAUAUUGGAGGAACAGUUGAAGAAAAUGACGGAAAAGCGGCAGAAACUGACGGAACAGAUCUCGAAGUUAGCACAAGAAGGCGGCAAAAAGAAGAAGAGAAGGACUCGAAGCACUUCCAAGAAGGAGAAGGAAGAGUCCUCGAAGUCGGACAUUAAGAAAGAGAAGGAAGACAUAGUGGACGGCACGUCGGCCUCACUAAUGGCCGGCCCAAGCAAUGCAUCAAUUAUGGGGAUGUGUUGUGUGAGAAGCGGUCGUCUCUUAAGUGGUGUGAACUCCGAAAUGUGUGGACACGUGAAGCGAAUCCAACGAUUGAAGCGUUUGUUUGCGUUGAGUCUCUUUGGCAUCACUUUAAGCACCGCUUUGUUAGUCAAGAGAUCUAAGAGUAAAGAAUGGCAUCAAUUGAUGGCCAAAACCAAACGAUUACAAGGCCAACGAUUCGGUGAACUGGAGUUGUAUGACAUGAAUGGUGUGGCGAUCGCCGAACCGGUGCUCAAGAGUUGGCUCGCAAUCCAGUCGUUUAGCUUCAGAGCGGAUGACCUGUUGGUGACGGCGUUCCCGAAGUCAGGCAUAACAUGGCUUCAGGAGAUUGUUUGGCUCAUCGCUAAUCACCUCGACUUCCGGACCGCAAAACUCAAGUUAAUUACCGAUAGGUUUCCAUACCUGGAGUUCCCGACGCCUGGACUCAAGUCCAUUGAACGGCUGAAAAGUCCGCGUUUUAUCAAAACUCAUUUUAUGCCGACUUUGCUCUUCAGUGACACUCAUGUGGACACAAGUGAUUGCAUUCAUUGCCAAAAAACAAUCCCUAAAAUGAUUACUAUCUUAAGAAACCCUAAAGACCUGAUUGUCUCUUAUUAUCAUUUUUGUCGAAUGAAUCAAAUGAUUGGUUUUAAAGAAGAUUUUGACCACUUUUUCGACCGUUUCAUCAAAGGUUCUCUACCUUACGGUCCCUUUUGGUCCCAUUAUAUCGAUGUCUUGGACUGGAAUGACAGCCAUUCCGACGACAAUCAGAUUCUUGUUAUUUAUUACGAAGAUUUGAAACGAGAUUUUGUGACUCAAGUGAACCGAAUCUGCGAUUUUAUGGGAAAGCCUGAGCCGAGUGUUGAGGACAUGAAAGCUCUGCAAAUUCAUUGCAGUUUCGAUCAAAUGAAAGACAAUCCGUCCGUUAAUUACAAACAUUGGGAUGACUUUGGAUUCAGAGAUCGCAACGAAUCACAAUUCAUGAGACGCGGAGAGAUCGGCGACUGGAAGUGCUUCUUGAGUCCACAACAGAACGCAAUAAUCGAGAAACAAAUUAAUGAUAAAUUGCAAAAUAGGAUCAAACCUUCAAGUGAUAAAGUGUUGGCAAUAGAACUGUUUAGUGAAGACAUGGCUUUCCCUCUGCCGUCAUAUGUAUUAUCUGUUGAACAACUCAUUCAUCAGAUAAGGGAUCGGUUGGAAGAACGGCUCCCAACUCUUAGCGUCGAGUAA